AUGGUCGAGGCGGAUACGACUCGGCCGAGUCGUACCGGUAUCGACCGAGAUUUUGAACCCUGGCCAGGUACCGCACAGCUGGCAGGGCUGGACAGGACUGAUAAGAGUUGUUGGGAGAGGUGGAAUAACCAUCUGAAGCCUGGUGUCAACAAAGAGAACUUCUCCGAAGAGGAAGAUGACAUCAUCAUCUGCAUCCAGUGGGCAUUUAUGGCAAAAAAUCAUCUUCCAAGGCGAACCGCUAAUGCUAUCAAGAACCGUUGGAACAACCAUUUGAAGAAGAUGCUUGCGAUUAUAGGUGACCUUGAGCGAUACCUUCUCACGGAUGAGGAGACUAGUGAUCACUCUGACCGAAACCAGGGUUCAAAAUCUCGGUCGAUACCGGUACGACUCGGCCGAGUCGUAUCCGCCUCGACCAUGGCCGGUAAUAUUGGAGUAGAAAUGGUGGAGAAGAUGAGAGGAAAAAAACCUACGAAAAUGAAAAAUACAGAUUACAGAGAUGGACUGCAUCUUGUAGUCGCCGGUCGGAUCCCCAAGUUCUUGCCGGAGAUGGAACUGAACCACAUGAGGAGGAGGCGAGAUGAAACUGAGCCACAUGAGGAGGAGGCAGAGUCGCCGGAAUCCAGCACCGCUGUUAUCGACGGAGAACGACGGUGA